CCGAGUGCCCCCGCGGCAUUGUCUUCCCGGCAGGGGCGUCGUGCGUGACGGAUCCCUGGAGCAGCCCUUUUUGCAAGUGCCCGGCCGGGCAGGCCAUAAUCAACGGCGAAUGCGCCCACGCCAAGAACUGGACGGCAGUGGGCACGAGCGUGGCGGUCUACAAAAGCGCCAACCGCAAAGUCAACGCCAGCGACGUGGAAGCCCCCGGGUGCGGCGCGCGCCGGCACCGAACACUUCGGCCUGCGACGACAACAAGCAUAAACGUCAAUACCCGGUCGUUCUCGUGUUUGGUUGCCACUCUGCCGCAUGGCACGGACCUCUGUGCCUUGGCAGCAUGCCCGCCCAACUCCACCUGCUCCUUAACCCACGGCUUCGCUCAGUGCAUUUGCGACCCUGGACUGGUCAUGACUAAGGACGGCAGCGGCAAAUGCGUUGAGCCAUGCUCUAUCAAGGAUUGUGGCGAGGGCGGCACUUGCGUCAAGCUACCUAACUACGAACCAUAUUGUGAUUGCAAGCAGGGUUACAAGCUGGAGGGAGCCUCGGGGAGUUGCAUUGGCCUCGUUCCUGAUGUGGCAGACGUCGCCAUCAGCGUCUUUAGUGAGGUCAACUUUGGCACAACAACAAACCCUCCUUAUGUCUUCCGCCUGAAGCCCUUCACUUGUGUCACCAUCCCUGACGCGGUUGUCGCCUCUGCCAAGUCGGCUGGCUAUCUGUAUCAUGCUCCUGAAUCGCACUUUCCAUGCGUGGUGGUCAACUUUUACCUUUGGCCGAACUGUGAUGGAUGGCCAAUAAGAAGAGAGGUGACCUCUGGCAGUGCCGUUGAAGACGUACCGGUUGA